UCCAGCGUAUGCCGAUAAAUCUAGUUUAAAAUUCGACUCUUCUUCGGUAAGGUGUAUAUGCUACUGCCAGUGUUAUUCCGAUAUAACUUUGAAGUGUAAAACUGACAACCUGUUAACUGACAUGACACCAGUCAAGCGUAAACAGCACUUGGAAGAUCAAAUAUUAGCUAUCGUAACAAUGAUUUUACUGUGUGCAGUAGCCAGUGUGUUGGAAUUGAUAUGAAUGUCACGUUGGAGAUCAAUUCUUGAAGACAGAAGCGAGAAAUAUUUCCCGGGUAACCAGGACGCGCUGGGAGAGGAAACACUUGUUGCUUUGCUGCUAACAUUCCAUUCAUGCCGCGAGACGUCAUUUUUCACCCCGUCGUUCAGUCUUUCUGUUCUACCAAAUAGAUUUUGGUCGAUACAGUCAAGUAUACACGUAAAAAAGAAAGGGAAUAUUCAUGACCACUUUUUAUGUCAGUCAACACUAUAGAGAACGUGUACCGCACAAUCCAAAUAACAUUUUUUUUAGCCAAUGAUAAUUUCAUAAUUUAUUCAUUAAAAAAUAGCUCGAUAAAUAAUGGUUCUCUCUUCACAGGGUACGUUCAUUUUUUGUGUCAUAUUUAAUGCUGGGGAAACAUUUUAAUUGCGAUAUGGUCACCAGUUGCAGCUAUGAACUUAAUCAGAGUCGUUGAUCAGAUUAAGCCUAGGAUAGUAACAUGCUCGCUAUCUCAUAGAUUUAGCACACUGUGAACUUGAACUGGUGUCAGGACUCGGGCAUGGAACCCUUGCACUGUUUUUAUCUGUCUCUUUACUGAGCUGAAGGAAAUAAAAACUUGAAAAGGCUUAUUCUAGCUCAUGCCAGUGAAAACAUGCAGAUUCACCACUGCAACAUAAUUAGAGUUUCAAUGAGCACUUGUGUGUGUGUGCGUGUGUGUGAGGGAGAGAAAAAGAGAGUGUAUGUAUGUCUGUGAGGGAAAGAGGGAAAGAGAGAGAGGGAGAGAGAGAGUGUAUGUCUGUGAAGAAAAAAGAGAGAGUGUGUGCAUGAGGGAGAGAGAGACAGUGCAUGUAUGAGGGAGAGAGAGUGUGUGAGUGCGUGUGUGCCUGUGUGCGUGUGUGUGUGUGUGUGUGUGUGUGGUGUAUAUAAUACUUUUGGCAGGUAGAGGCAUGGUACCUGCUCAGAUGCUGGUACAGGAGAGACCCAUGGCCCUUGCAGUCCUCCAUUAUAGGCCAUUCCUCACCAUUCAUGUCCCUGAGAACAGUGUGUACGAAACCAUAAGAUAAGACGUCUUCUGGAGCUGCUCCCCCCGGCAACGCAAACCCGGCGACCGCCAUGGCGACGAUGGUCAUGGAGAGGAUCGGGCGCCUGUUCAUCAGCCCGCAGCAGGUGCGGCAGGUGCGGCGCAUGCUGACGGAGGCGGCGCCCUCGGCGCCGGGGACGCUGAGGGACAGCGAGGUGCCCCGCUUUUUCCGGGAGCGCCACAUCACCGGCGGCUACCGGCCGCUCGGCCGGCCGUGGCGCUACUACGUCCUGUCGCUCUUCCGCCGGCACAACGAGACGGUGAACGUGUGGACGCACCUGCUGGGGGCGCUGCUGGUGCUGCAGCGCGCCGGCCGGCUGGCCGAGACGGUGGACUUCGCCGGCGACCCGCACGCCUGGCCGCUGCUGGUGCUGCUGCUCUCCUCGCUGGCCUACAUGAGCUUCAGCGCCGUCGCCCACCUGCUGGCCGCCAAGUCCGAGUUCUGCCACUUCGCCUUCUUCUUCCUGGACUACGUGGGCGUGGCGCAGUACCAGUACGGCAGCGCGGUGGCGCACUUCUACUACGCGGCCGAGGAGGGCUGGCACCGGCGCGUCCGCGGCGUCUUCAUGCCCGCCGCCGCCCUGCUGUGCUGCCUCUCCUGCCUGGGCUGCUGCUACGGAAAGUACCGGAACCACAGCCUGCCGCCCUGGGUGCGGAAGGUGGGGCAGGUGGCGCCGUCCUCGCUGGCCUACGCCUGGGACACCAGCCCGGUCUUCCACCGCGUCCUGUCCCGCGGCCUCGGCCUCGGCGCGGGGGGCGACCCCGCCCUGCCCUUCCACUGCGGCCAGGUGGCCUUCUUCCUGUCCAGCGCCCUCUUCUUCACCCAGCCGGUGCCCGAGCGCUGGCUGCCCGGGCGCUGCGACUUCCUGGGCCAGGGCCACCAGCUGUUCCACGCCCUGCUGGUGCUCUGCACCCUCUGUCAGAUCCACGCCUCCCACCUGGACUACCUGGGCCGCCGCCCGCUCUACAGCCGUCUCCACGGCGAGGGCGACGCCCGCUUCUUCCUGGCGCUGUUCGCGGCCACGGGGCUGGCCUGCGCCGCCAUCGCCGCCUUCAUGGCCGGGAAAGUGCGCCGCCUGCUGGACCGCAGGGACCGCUCCAAAUGAGCGGAGGCUUUUUUUUUUUAGUUCCGUUUUUGGGUUUGCCGCGGCCCUGUUCUGGUUCUCCUCCUGCUCCGGUGGAUUCUAGCUCGUGUCCUCGGCACCAAUCGGAUGGCUGACUUUGCUCUGCGUUACGUUAGGGCCCAAUCAUGCGUAUCGCAGGGCAAUCUCAGAAUCCCCUCCUAAGUACUGAAAACAUGCUGUGACUGUUGAGGACAUUCAUGUAUUUUAAUUGUCUGGGGAGAGUGUAGUACCUUUACUUACCAGUAGGUGGACGGCACCUCCGUGUAGCUGGUGCAUAACACUGAUUUCCAGACCUUCAAAUACUUUUCUGUGCUCUGUUGAUCUUGCCUUGUAUAAUUGAGCCAGGACACUAGGUUUGCACUUUUUGAGAGUAUUUCAUUGGUUCCAAUACACCAGACAAGAUCAGUAAAGCGCAGAAAAGUAUUCGAAUCCAAAACAAAUAUGUAUUUGACCCAGGUCUGGUACUUUCCUUUCUUUCGCUUCUAUUUCUGCCUCCUGAAAUUACUGUUUAGACAAAAAUUGGGAUAAAUAUAAAAUAUGAGGGAUAAAAUGGUUAAGAAUAUUGUGGUAUUUAAAUAUUAAAGUUUUUUUAUUUUUAUAAAGAUGUUAAUUAUCUUCAUGGUGUGGAGAAACCGCAGGUUUAAAAUGGCGUGAGAGCUGAACGGGGUGAAAUGCUGGAGAAUGUGAAAUGCUAUAGAUGUGUUCCCGAUGUCUCUUUGGUGCGAGUUUACUAAACCACUACGAGAUCUUCGCAAACAAAACUUCACGGGAAAUGAUGACUACGGACAUUAUGCGGUGUGUUGUUUUGCGAUACGGUGUAUGUUCUUUGUGUUCCAUGGGUAUCCCUUCGGGGUGUAGCCUGUUCUUUCUGGAAAUUUUGGUGAUACAGGGUACUACAUUUUUUGCUGUCUUUGCUGUCUAAAUCACCAAAUCAUUAUCUCUCUCUCUCUCUGACUUUCUGUAUAUCUCUCUCUCUCUCUGUCUUUCUGUCUCUCUUUCUAUCUCUCUGCUUUUCUGUAUCUCUCUCUAUCUCUCUGCUUUUCUCUAUAUCUCUCUCUCUGUCUUACUCUCUCUCUCUCUCUCUGUCUUUCUGUCUGUUCUCCCCUGGUUUUGUCACACCUGAAAUUGUAAUCAUUUUUUUCUGAAGCACUUUUUACGCGCAGCUGUUGGAAGGCAGGAGACCCCCGCAGCGGAAGAUCAGAUUGAUGGCCGUUAUCUCCUAAGAGUGGUGGGGGCCGGCGCUCUGAACCUAUCGCCGUUAGCGACGCUGCAGUCCCGAGUGCCUGGGCGCGGCUUUGGGAUUUUUCUCCCGUUGAUGCUAACGUACGAGCGAUGUCACGCGUCUCUGCUGCUGUACGUCAGUGUUCCGUUAAUGUGCCUGUACGGUCCAGAUGGUGCUUGCUGGGUGAGCACGGCGGAGUUCCUUAAAAAAAACAAAACCGUUUUCUCUCCGUCUCCCCAGAGCUAGUGUUAUUACCGUAUGUUAGCCCUGUAGUUUUCUUCUUCUUUUUUUUUUUUCCACAGACAACAGCUCUCUGACAGGAGCCCGUGCGAACAGACGCAAGCUCUCAUUGGCUCUCUUUCAGAGAUCGCCAUGGUGACCCAGUAAUUAAACUGGGGUUCAGCCAGGGUCUUCUAAUGAGGGCGUGGGGGAAGGCUGCUUAUGGCCCUCGUGCAGUUUUUCACAAAGCAUUGUGGGCCGGGGGAGGACUCCCCCCCCCAAUCUCCCCGAGGUUUAAUGCUUCUGUUUGAUUAACUUGUAUGAGGUCUUCUAGCUUUAAUCACUCAAUGAACUAAUAAGCUGGUUGGGUGCCAUGGCAACAGGAGCGCAUUGCGUUUAGGUGAUAAUUGUACCGAAGGGGGAGAGGAGGAAGGUCGGGCACGUCUCCUCUUGUGCUGCACACAAAUAGCACCUUAGUGCCAGUCAAUGCUCUGAAUACUUUAACCAGCAAUUGAACUAGUUUUGUCAUUUUUAUAUUUAGCCUGUAAUUUUCACGUGUUCUGUACUCUGUAAUGUUUUACUGCAGUGCACUUUUGGAAACGCGCCAGGGUGUAAAUAUCUACUGUAUAUCUACUUAUCCACAUAAAAGCAAGUAAGCCAGAGUAAUCGGUUUGUACGGAAACCAGCAUAUACACCUGCCUUUCAGAAAUUUGACAAAUCUAGUAUUAUAUUAAAAACCCUCCUAAAAGCAA